AUGCCUUAAGGGACGCCCCCUGGCGUUUGAAAAGUGAGAGUUUCUUGUGUGUCGAAUAAACCACAAGCAGCGCGCGCAGCUUCCAACAGUCGUUUGUGGCGCUGCGUAGCUAACGGACGUGCCCAGUAAAUUGGAGAGCAAUCAAUACGCGCAAAAUGAGUCGAUCAAUUUGUAUGCUAAUAUUUGUAGUCGUUUGCCUGGCAGCGACGUCAGCAGCACCCCAGCUGCGACAGCGCGAAGAGAAGCACGUCAAGGAGGAAGCAUUGCCUGCCAAGGGCGCCACCAUCGAGGAAGUCGUUUUGGAGUCCAGUUUGCAUAUUAAGCCAAAAGCUCGCCAGAAUGUGAGACGCGUGCGUUCCAUACUAGAUGAUACACUGCACGAAAUUUAUGCGGCGCACAAGCGUGUCAAGCGUCAGUUUGGACGUGGUCGUGGGGGAUCCCGUGGUGGGUUUGAUGGCAAUGCACAAGUUGGCACUCAGGCCGGCGGCACCCAAUCCGGCGUUAAUGUUGGCGCCGGUCCCAAAGGCGGCACUGCCGAUGCCAAUGUUCAUUUGAAUCCACUGGGUCCCCUGGGACCCAAUGGCUACAAUCAGGAGCAAACUGCCUCGAAUGGUGCGGCGAAUAGCAAUCAUCACAAUGGCUUCAAUUCGGGCUCAUCGGCGGCACAGGGUCAAGCGCAGGGCUUCCAAUCGCAGAGUGCUAAUGGUUCAUUUGGUGCCUCCUCCGCCAGCACGGCCACCCAAUCCCAGAACUCGAAUCCAUUUGGCAACAGCAAUUCGGCUGGUGCCUCACACAGUCAGGUCUUCAAACUGCCCAACGGACAGACAAUCAAUUUUGCUUCUACCAAUAAUUUUGCCAAUAGCGGAUUUGGCAAUACGGCCAACAGCCGUGGAGGAGCCGUCUCCGUGUCCGGUUAAGCGACGUAGAUCAACAAAUGUGCAAUAAAAUCCCUUAUAAGCGAACUUUAACAUAGGCGAUUUUUUAAUCGAAUUACUCAGUGUUGAAAUAAUCCUUGUAAAAUUGAUGUCAAUUUUUUUGUCAAGUAAAUUAUUUAAAAUUUUGGAAAAAUAUAAAAUACUUAACACAAUUAAUGGGAUUCCUAAUUCUUAAAUUCGUUCGAGCCACUUUUUUGAAAAGUAAAUUACUAAGAAUUCUGUAAAAAUAUCAAUUAAUUAACAAAAUUCAGGUUAUUCUUCAUAUCGAAUUUCUCAUUGCUUAAAAUUCGUUCUAACAUUUACACAAUUUUUUUUUGCCACGUAAAUUAUUAAAAAUUCUGUAAGAAUAUAUAAACCUCCACAAAAUUAAUGUGAUUUCUUUAAAUCAAAUUCCUCAGUGUUUAUAAACUGGUUCUAACAUUUAAGCCAGUUUCUUCGCCAAGUAAAUUAUUGAAAAUUGUGUACACAUUUAAAACAUUGAACAAAAUUCAGAUGAUUUUUUAAAAUCAAAUUCCUGCUUAAAAAUUCGCUCUAACCACUUUUUUGCCACUUAAAUGGAUUAAACAUUUUUAUGAGAAUAAAAUAAAGACUUAA